UCCGCUGUCGCCGUCGUCCUCGCUGUGCUCGGAUUAUUCGUCGUCGUUCGUCCUGCAGCGUCCUGCAACGCACUCUUGACGGCAUAUCACUCGUCUUGGCUAUUUUGCGCUAGGCUCGCGACACUGCUGCACAGUGGCGGCUCGAACGCCUUGCUAUUGAUCUCCGGCUUUCUUUAUAAAGCCUUGAAUAGCUCGCAUGCCUCGCCGGGUCGUCGCCUCAGCGACACCAGGUCGCGCUUCACCUGUUGUCUCCUUCACAGACGUGCCUUCGGCGGAUGCCACCUAUCUAGACAGCCUUUCGACGCUCAGACGACUGUGGAAAUGGGUUGCGUUCAGUCAGUUCUUCUACACCUUCGCACCGCUACUCGCCGCCCCGGAUAUUGCUCUGGCCGUCAGUUUCACUACAUUUCAUUACGCUCGGUCACCUAUUCAGGACAUCGAGGAUGACCUUGCGCGGGGAACAGCGUUGUACCUCCCUCGCAUUAUGCACCGAUUGCUCUACACAUUGACGCAGGAUCGCAAGCUCUCCCUGGAAAACUGGCAAUCUGGACUGCGUAAGCAAUACCUUAGACGCAAACCGGAUGCGAACCCCCUGGGCCCUGAGCCUCCUGCUUCGUCCAGAAUGCAGUCGCGCGACCCUACGACCCCCAUGGAAGACCAAGAGGAUGCCAACGUGCCCGAAUCGGGAGAGCACCCUCAGGAGUCUUCGCGCCAGUCUGCUACCAAACUUGAGCGCGACAGCACCCCGGAACCCAGGGACGGCGAGGAAGACGGGACGAGUCCCUCGCGAGAUUUGGAGGUAGAGGGCGCGAAAGAGGACGAAGCUGGAAGCUCAAGUGUCUUUGUCAAAGAUGAGUUUGAAGACGAUGCGGAGAAGCAACUCCCGGACAUCGACUCUCAGCUGGUGGAAAGCAGGAACUGGCUGGAUUUGUCCAUGCUCGAAAAGCUCGACUCUCUCUACCUGCUGACGGAGUGGCAGUUUCAGAACCCUCAUCGGUUGAGACAGAUUAUGAAGGAUGACGGCGACCAUGGUGGUUGGCGACAUGAGCCUAUCGGCUGGGACGCAAAAAUGAACACCUACUGGCUCAUUGGGCCUGACCGUCUUUGGCUCCAACGCGAACCACCCAAACCUCCUUCCCCCCCAAAGCGCAAACGCAAGACUGUUACAAAUAAGUCUGCUAACAAAGCUUCCACCAGCAAAGCUAUAGUUCAGGAAGACUCUGACUCCGGGCCCGAGCCUGAGUCGUUACCGCAAAAGCGCACACGCACCUCCAACGAACGGGCCACUCGUCAGGUCAGGGCGAUCGAAGCCUCUACUACUGGCAGAGGAACUCGUGCUGCAAAGCUUCAGGCCAAUAAGAAACUUGAUGCCCAAGCGAAAGAGCUUGCCGAAUUCCAGAGACAAGCUGCUGCCUCUGAGAAGUACAGCUCGCGUUCUACAAGAAACACCAAGAGUAACGGCGUUACGCCAGCGUCGAGUCAGCCUGUACGCGGUACCAGAGCGAGUGCUCGCCUUCGCGGUACACCUGUAGACGACGACGACGACGACGACGACGAAUGGCAACAAGUUCCUGAGGAGUGGCUACAGCAAACGGCUGACGACGCACCUGUUCGGAGUAGGAGAGCAAAACGGAUGACCGAUUCUCGAACGAAAUCGGUGAGACCACCGCGAAGACUACCUGAGGAUGAGGCGGAUGACGACGACGCGCCGCACACUGGUCUCAGCGACGACGGCGACGUUAGUGAGCUGACCGAGCUGACCGACGAUGAGUCCGAACAUGCAAAAGACAUGGACGCUAAGCUGGACGAGAUUGCCGAGACUUCUGCCGUCGCUGAAGCUUCAACAAUAGAAGGGCUCCGGCCAAUAACAGAAGAGAAAUCGGGCGGGCAUUCAAACGCUGCUCUUGAAGACCGUAUCGUCGAUAACACUAGCAAUAUACCACCGGACUUCGUAGAGUGGGAAGCUAUUUGUAUUACGCUUCAAGAGUGGGAGGAGAUUGGGGAGCGUUUCGCGAAGGUUACAAAUUAUAUAGAAAAGAGGCUCCACAAGGCGCUGUCUAUGAUUGUCCCGGGAGUUGUCGCCGAGUUGAGGGAGACCGAAAGGAAGCGCAAGAUGGAAGAAGCUAUCGUGCAUCGCAAGCGGUCAUCACGCAUUGCCCUGAAGGAGACUGAAAAGGAAGAGGCUCGUCUUGCCGCCAUGCGAAAGGCUGAAGAGGAGGAGAAGCUUGCGCGACAGCGGCGUCUCGAAACACGUGUCAAGAAAGAGGAUGCAGAACGGGAAAAGAGGGAAAAAGCUCGGGAGCAGCGGCGUCUUGAACGCGAGGAGCGGGAACGCAGGGCUCAAGAGCGAAAAGAGCGGGAGAGUGCGCCCCCCACAACGCCAACGGCAAGUGUCGUCUCAACUUCGAGACAGCCCACUCGCACAGCAACACCUAGCGCUAGCGAGUCUUGGACUUUAGACUGCGAAAUCUGCGGCAGAUGCGGAGUCAAUGUGAAUGACGGUUUGCCCAUGGUGUCCUGCGGAAUGUGUUCGAGGUGGCAGCAUAUCCCGUGUCAUGAUGCGGCUGACGAUAAGGCUGGAAGACCUCGACGCAACUGGCAACAUGAGAAAUUUUAUUGUUCGCGCUGCAGACCGGCGGCUAUGCAACGGCUGGCGAAUGGAACUACUCGCAGUACUUCAGUGACAUCACAACCUCGGACGCAAGAUCGUUCUCAGAAAGCUCCGACCCAAGCCAUGCAGUACAACUCGUACUCGCACCCUACCUCAGACCCGCUUUAUUCGCAACGUGCCGCCUAUCCCAGUAGUGUGCCUUAUAGUCAGCAGUACCCGGAUCAGCGCGCGAUGGCUUCCGGCUCAAUGUACGGAACACAGCAACGAUCACAAGCUGGGAUCUCUUUUUCGCAUUAUCAACCGCAGCAACAUGCCUUCUCUAGAGGUGCAUGGUCAAACGGUUAUCCUGCAGACGAUAGUCUCGCUGGUGGUUCUAUAAACCAGUAUAGCAGCCCGUAUCAACAGAAUGGAUCCUAUGGAGCCGGGCAUCAAUACCAGGCAUGCCUUUAUCACACUCAGUCUGCGCCGGCCCAUUCCUACGGCCGAACACAGCCUCAGGAGACGUCGCCGCGGGUGAUGGACGCGCAGUCCAUGCACACAUUAGGCUGGACAGGCUCCACAGACAGCCGCCAUGCGUCGCCCGCUGCACAAAUAAGCCCGAGUCACUUCAGCGCUGCUGAGUCGCUGGCGUAUAUGCAGGGUGGAGCUGCCUCGAGGACCGCGGCCUGGUCCAACGGAACGGUUUACCCACAGCACCCUGUCGGCUCUCCAACAUCGGCUGCCGCGCACAGUCACUCUAUGAGCAACGGUGGCUAUCAUUUUCGUCCAUCGUAAAGGUCGUAUAGUUAGGUAUUUAUAAUGCCGUCGUCUUAUUAUUGACCCCUUAAUUGUGUAGAUGGUUUGGUUGAAACUCUUGUAAUCGAACCUGACUGGACUGUAAACGUACUAUUGUCCUAUACAUUAAUGUUUCGUGUCGAACUUUGAGAGCUAUGGCAGCGUGGAGACGUUGCUGUGACUCUUGCUCAACACGUCGCUCUUGCUCAACACAUCGAGUUCACAAGCGCAAGAGUAGAUCAAACAAACCACAAACGUGAUAUCAGCUCGUUUCGACAAGGGUAACACGUAAAAGCCUAGAUCAUGACGGGUCGUUACUUCGUGAGUGAUAUAUAGCGAAAUAAAGGAGUAAAGUAUCCACAUCUCAAUCAGCGUCGUAUGAGACUCGUGACACUGCGGUUCUUCGAGCCGUUCACCAGCUCGUUACGUAGCCGGCCAUCCUCUUCGGGCAGCGCGAGGCUGUUGCGAUAAAAGGGGACGACGUCUGCGCUGCUGACGCCUUUCUUGCUAUCACCAAGCGCGUUGCCUAUUACUGGCAUGCUCAGCCGCCGCAUCCACCCUUUAGGCUUCUCGGAACGCAUCCCGGUAGACUGCAUACGAGGAGACACUGCUGCGUCACGAACAUUGGUCUGCUCCAGAGGCUGAGCCACCAUAGGUGACGGUGGCUGCGACGACAGGCGCUGAGUAAAUCGUGGCGACGACGGAGAUAUCGUGUUGGAAGAUGCAUAAGGGUGAGCCUGGACAGGUGUCGUCGAAACAUCAAGCGAGUCUGGUCGGCCAAUGCUCAGAGGCCGCGCACGAUCGCUCGUCAAGUCAACCUUUAAUCGAUUCUGCCUCGCGUUCAUCAGCUCAAGUUGCUCUCGCUCUAGCUCUCGUGCACGUUCACGGAUCUCCUUCUCCUUCAUACGCAAGGCAUAUUCUUGUUCUCUGAGCUCCAGUUCCUCAAGCUCUUGUAUCCGCUGCCUGCGUCGGGUGAUUUCGUCGGCCGACGAAUCCUCAGAAUUGUGGCUGCGCGGUGGCGAGAAGGAGUUGCGACUGAUAGCAGGAGCCACGUCUUGCUGACGCAUCUCACGAGGGGUCCGGGUUGAGUCUGGAAGCGGCGAUCUGAAUGCAGUUUGCUCGCUUAGCGUAUUGGUUGACGGGUCGUACCGGGAGGCCAGAUCAGAGACCCUUUGUGGGAGACGCGGAACAUCUCUCGGGGGUGGUGAAGCGGAAUCAAUCUACGAAAUAGCU